AUAAAUCGAUAGGCACUUUGAUAAUCUGAUGAAAAAGUCAGCAAAUCGCAGUAAAAUCAAUUAAAUUAGAGAGCUGAGCUGGCCAUCAAAUUAAUUUAUGCAUACAUAUAAUAAAAUAAAAAAAACUCCAAAAUAGUUUAGUGGCCAGACAGCUCGUGUGCAAUCCAGGAAUCAAACAUUUCUCAAAGAACACGAGCAGUUUUUUUAGCGUGUGUGUGCGUGUGUAUUAGUGCGAGGAGUUCAUAAAUCGUUCCAUAUACACACACAUAUAUAUAUCAGUCUACACUUUAUUGCACUUUACGUGGCGUGUCGGCAGCAAAUCAUGGAUGGCAACAAGGACGAAGCACAGCGUUGCAUCGAAGUUGCGGAGCAGGCAUUUAAAUCAGGCCAAAUCGAAAGGGCCGAAAAAUUUCUGCUCAAGGCAGAGAAACUUUAUCCCACGGACAAAGCCAAGCAGCUACUGGCCAAGGUGAAGAGCACAUCAGCGAGCAAUGGCAACGCUGGCCGAGAUCGUUCCAACGCUACUGCUGCGGAUGAGAAGGAUUCGGGGCCGAGGAAGCGUGUCAAUUCGGAUUCCCGUAGCCAUGCACCCGAAUACACCACCAGCCAGCUGGAGGCGGUGCGCCAAAUCAAAAAAUGCAAGGAUUACUAUGAGGUGCUGGGCGUUAGUAAGACAGCCACCGAUUCAGAGGUGAAGAAGGCAUACAAGAAACUCGCCCUGCAACUGCAUCCGGACAAGAAUAAGGCGCCCGGUUCUGUGGAGGCAUUCAAGGCGCUUGGGAACGCGGCCGGCGUUUUAACGGAUGCAGAGAAGCGUAAGAAUUACGAUCUAUAUGGCAUCAAUGAGUCGCACAGCGGUCAUGGCAACAGCGGACACCAUGGACAUGGACAGCAUUACAGUGACUAUGGCUAUUCGCGCACCUUCCAGGCGGACAUGAGUGCCGAGGAGCUCUUCAAUAUGUUCUUCAAUGGUGGCUAUGCACAGCAGAAUAUCUACAGGCAGCAGCGACGACGUCAUCAGGCUCGCGAGGACAGAGAUACCAACAACUCAUCGACGUUGCUCAAUUUGCUGCCCAUUUUGUUGCUCAUCGUUUUGUCCAUGAUGUCCUCCUUCUUUAUAUCGGAUCCCAUGUACAGUCUAACGCCAUCCCAUAAAUAUUCGGUGAAGCGUGAGACAAACGGUCUCAAAAUUGCUUAUUAUGUCAAGGAUAACUUCUAUUCGGAGUAUCAGGGGUCUGUUGCUCGUCUCGAGGAAUCCGUCGAGGAAGAUUUUGUCAAUCAUUUGAAGCAUUCGUGCAGUCGAGAGCGAAACUAUCGCGAUUCGAUGUUGGCCAAGGCUCGCACAUUUGGUGACCGAGAUCUGUACCGGAAGGCUCAGAACAUAAAUACGCCAUCGUGCGAGAAUCUGCAAAAGUAUUUAAUUACAUGAUUUCAACAUCUGCAAUACGAUAAUCAUCGUAAAGAAAUUUAAACGUGAUUUCAACUUAUUUUUAUCGUUUUAUCUGCAUAAUUGUUAUAAAUUGAUUUUUUCGUUCUAACUGGAUUGUUAUAGUUUAUUCCCCACACAAACACACACACACUCUGUCUCACACACACACACACACACACACCAUAUUAUAUAUAUGUAUAGAUUUAUUGCGGAUGGAAAAGCGGCUUAUUCUCGUCAAUAUUGAUAUUGGAAACUUCCAAAUGCUUUUUUCCAAUUUUACACAAAAGAAACUUUACCUUAAUAGUCAAAUUUGAAAAGCUUUUACUACGACGAGAGAUAAAACAUAAUAAAUGGGUAAUGCUCUAAA